UCACCUCUCCUGACAGGUACACAUGUGACGGAGCAGACAUAAUGCUCACAGGACUCAUAGUUUAAAUACUUUUAUUUUCUUCGUUUUUUUCACGUCCUGACAAAAAAGGAAUGCAAAUCAUGCAUUUAAUUGUAUUUAGCAAUCAACGGAGAAAAUCUAGGUCGCACUUGACUUAAACCGAGAGACAGGUCGCUGUUUACUAAGGGUAUACAAUGCCAGACCUGAUUCAAACAGAUACUUCCCCCAAACUUCACUGUCCAGAAACCUCGACGUGAGGAAGAAAUACACCAGCGUAUCAGACCACCCCGAAGAUGACGUCAUCCGUGGACAAUGUUCAUUUCAUUCCGAGUAUCUUGACGCUCGGUGUCCUAUAUAUCAGUUCGUCCGCCUGGGCAGCCAUUAUCUCCGGCACAACCCAAGGAACAUGUAAUCCCAAAGCUGACAUGGUGUUUGUACUGAACGGAAACACGUCCAUUUCAACGGAAAACUUCCAAAAGCAGAAGGAGUUUGUUCGUGAAGUGAUCACCAACCAUAGUUCACCGCCAGGAGCAGUUCACGUGGGUAUUAUUGUUUGCAGCGAUAGUAAUAUCACGGAAAUUGAUUUCAAGAUCUCCAAAAAAGAAAUCCUCACUUCUCUGGAAAGUAUAAAGAAACCAGAACCCAAUCCUAGUGAAAAUAAGAAAAGUGAUUGUAUUGCAAGUCUGCGAGAAGCGUACUCCAACAGGGAGCGCCACAAUACCUCUCGCACGGCACUCUUUGUUAUUGGUGAGGAAGGUCGCUGGAACAAGGAGGAUACAAAGUUGUUGAAAGUGGAAACGGAAGAAGAGGGUAUAUCUCUCCUUAUCGUUGGCGUCGGAAUACAAAGUUUUUCUGUUCUGAAUGCCAUUCAAGCGAUUGUGUCCGACAACCGAAAGUUCUACGUCCUGUCGUCGUAUCGCGGUCUAAAGCGGCUAUCAGCGGAGCUUACCACAGGGCCAUGUUUACCCAUGUCGUUGGAGGUAUCUGAAUCUGUGACGCCCCAGCCGAUCAUUCCGGUGCCCCUACCCUCUCUCACCUUCAACAGUAAGUGCCGUGAGUUGUCAGACGGACGGUCGUACAUUCGGGAAAUCCCCUUUUUAGGAUGGCAGCGGCUUACGUGUCCGGAAAGUACCCGGAUUGACACAAAUGACUGCAAAUGUCGGAUACCGACGGAAUCUGUUACCAGGAUACCGGAAGUAAUGUCGACUGACACAAUUGAAAUAUCGACUCCGCUACCAGUGCCAACUUCACGCAUAUCAACAACAAGUACAAGCUUAGCCGUAACGACAUCGCAGCCAACAACUUCACAAUCACCUCCAGACCAGUCUGUUACAGUACGCACGGCCAUUACAACAAAACAGGCUAUCAUAACACCCAUUACCUCGUCCAAUUUACAAGGCAGUAUCGUGGUUGACAGGAAAGGUAAAGUAACUCCAGCACACGACUUGACGACACCUAGCAACCAGUCAAACUUAGAGCCAAAGACUAAACCUAAUCAGAUAUAUGUUGAUUCGGUAACACAACCUCAACAGCAAACAGAACUUAUAUCACCUCGUGAAACUUCGGAGAAAGAAAUGGCAAAGACGACAGAACGUCCGCAAUCGACGUCAUUUGUGAAUCCAGCUACCCCCGGGACAUCUACUUCCGGUAGUGAUAUAGAUUUGAUAGAUUUAGGCAAAUAUCUUAAAAACCAGCCAUCAACCAUGACAACAAAACCUUCAUUGAGUAAGUAAGUUUAAGUAAACAAAAUCGGAAAGAAAAGUUUAAUUUCCAGAGUGAAAUACAACCAAACUCAGCGACUGAUAAAUGGACACGAGAUCGUACACACAUGCCCUCUGUCACGGAAUCAACAGCAGGGAGGACAACUCUCACUAGAACAAACAAAUGAAUAACCGCAGAGCAUGCUACCUCAGAGCAUUACCUAGCUAUUGCUGAUCGGAUCCAAAACCACAAGUAUAUUCAUUUUUCGAGUAUCUAAACAUCAGAACAGAGUAGUGUGAACUCAAAUGUUAACGGAAUUUAACGAAAGGACGUUGAUUUUUCUGUUUUGCACAUUUCCUGAAAUGGCAGGACAGUACCAUCGACCUGUCCCAAAUAAUGUUGUUUCGGGACAUUUGAUUGGACGUCGCAAUAAGUUACGUCUUUUUUUGGAUGUUAGUCACAAUCAACAUUGUUUCACUGGUGGAGAUAUCACAUGUGAUAAGAUUGUGUUUAACUGUACGUGUAUGCGCUGAUAGUAGUAAUUCGUUUUAUAAAUAUUAGCAGUUUUUACUCAAAUACCACGGAAUCGUCUUAUUUUUUCAUGACUCUAACCAGAAGUCAACUAUCACUUUUAACCUAUGUUACAUAUGUAACCCUCCAUACCAAAUGACGUCAUGCUGUAUCACAUAGCAACAGUCAGGUUUGGGUUGCUUUGGCGAUUAAAUGAGUUUGUCUGUGCAUCGACAUAAUAAUCAUCAAAACAAACAAUAUUUCAUAAUCAGAUUUCAGUUAUUCUUCUUUUUCAAUGACAAGAUUGGACGGUGAUGUUAUACAACCACCUUACUCAUACCGAUUGCUGUAAGGUUUGGGAACACGUGUCUUGUGGAACAGGAUGACAGCAUGAAAUAUACACAAACAGUCAAGUGUUAAACUGAUAUGGAUUUAGAAAUGUUGAUAUUAGAUUAGCAUUAUGCUUUAUAUAUAUUUUGGAAAUUAUAACGCCAAGGCGAUGGGGUUUAUAAUCAGUCGGCUUUUUUCAGGGAAUCUUAAUGAACAGCUGAAACUUUGAUUAAUUCCUAUAUUAAUUUCACUUUGGAUUUGUCUUCAGACUUAUUUAUCCAUCCUUGGCUUUCGUAGUUUUCUAAUUAUCAAGACCAAUCAUUUUUUAAUCUUAGCAGUGGAACAAUUAAAUACCUGCUAACUACCAAGUCGUCUUUAUGACGAGAAGGUGAGAUAAGACAUGAUUUUUCGUCAAAAUCUUAUAAAUAAUACACACACAUAUAUAUAUAUAUGUAUAACUGUAAUCCAAUGUACGUCUCUUGAACUGAAAAAUAAAUAGCAAGUAACAAGUUGUGUACUACGAACA